ACACCCUUGACCCGGAAGUGGAAGAUGGGAGGGGGAAGUCGGAACUAACUUAGGUGUAGGAGGAGCGGACAUAUAUGAAGAGGGCAAGAGAUAUAUUUUUGAGAUAUCCUAAAUAUACUAUAAUUAUUACAAUGAAAUGGUAACCAUCAGGUUACUACGACGUAAAACGCAAUAAAACUGGUUGCAGAACAUAUCGGAACCUAUCAGGUGCAGAUAUACCUAUAUAUCACUCUGUGGACUCAUGAAUCAAGAAAAUCUGCUGCUUAAAUCCAGGAUAUUUUUGCUCACUACAUUUGCGCAUGGAAUGACACUGAAAGAAGCAAUCAUGGUAUUUAACAUAUUCCCAAUAUGGACGUUAAUUUAUAGCUACAGUUAUGGACUGGGAAUACGCAAUAUAUUAAAAACAGAAAAUGACUUCCAUACAUCCUUAACUAACAUAUCAAACUCCAGUGGCAUAUGUCAUCGAAAAAUGAAAGUGCCUUCCCUGGAAUUAUGGAGCAUAUCUUCAGAAGACGUUCUAGCCGAGUUGCCAGUUGAUGCUGUCCGAGAAAAUGAUGUGAGAAAAGUACAAAAUUGCAUCUUUUCAGCAGUGUAUCCCACUCCCUUUAUAUCCAGCGUACAACUUAUAGCUGCCUCUGAGGAUGUGUUGGAAAAUCUGCUCGACCUUGACAUCUCUGUUACAAAAUCAAACAUUUUCCUUCAAUUUGUAAGCGGUAUGAAAACUAUACCUGGAUUUGUUCCUCUAGCACACAGAUAUGGGGGUCAUCAGUUUGGUUUCUGGGCUGGUCAGCUGGGAGAUGGCAGAGCACACUUAAUUGGUAUUUAUACCAACAGGUUUGGAGAACGAUGGGAGCUACAGUUAAAGGGUUCUGGAAGGACUCCAUAUUCCCGGAAUGGCGAUGGGAGAGCUGUGCUCCGCUCCUCUGUACGUGAAUUCUUGUGCAGUGAGGCCAUGCAUUACCUUCGAGUUCCCACCAGCAGAGCUGCCAGUCUUGUUGUAAGUAAUGAUGUGGUUUGGAGAGAUCAGUUCUACAAUGGGAAUAUUACAAAAGAAAGGGGAGCAGUCGUCUUACGUGUUGCCAAAUCAUGGUUUCGUAUCGGAUCACUUGAAAUAUUGACUCUUUCUCGGGAGUUUGCAUUGUUAAGGAAGCUGGUAGAUUUUAUUAUUAAGGAACAUUUUCCAUCAAUCAGCAUAGACGAUCCAAACAGAGUCCUGGCAUUUUUCUCCAAUGUGGUAUCCGAGACUGCAUACCUCAUAGCUAUGUGGAUGUCUGUCGGAUUUGCACAUGGUGUUUGCAAUACGGACAAUUUCAGUUUGUUGUCUAUCACUAUAGACUAUGGUCCAUUUGGUUUCAUGGAAAGCUAUAACCCUGAUUAUGUUCCAAACACGUCUGACGAUGAAGGACGGUAUAAAAUUGGUAACCAAGCCACUGUUGGAAUGUUUAAUCUGAACAAACUGCUUCUAGCUUUGACCCCCAUCAUGGACACCAGACAAAAACAACUGGCUGCACAAGUUCUUGAAGUAUUUCCAGCCAUGUAUUAUAGAAGGUUUACAGAGCUAUUUAGUGCCAAACUGGGAUUUCUUGACAGCAGUGAAGAGGACAUGACUUUAAUAGCAUCUUUUCUUUAUCUGAUGGAAGACACCAAGUCUGAUUUUACAAUGACAUUUCGGCAGCUUGGAGAAGUCACUCAGGACCAGUUACAGAACCUGACCAUUCCUCAGGAAUAUUGGGCUCUUCGUGAUGUUAGCCUACACAAGAAUUUUCCAGAAUGGGUGAAAAUGUACCUGCAGAGAUUAAAAAGAAAUCCUGAUGAUUCAGAGUCUAAAAGAAGACAGAGAAUGGCAACCACUAAUCCAAGAUAUGUUCUAAGAAACUGGAUGGCAGAAUCUGCAGUUCGGAAAGCUACAACAAAUGAUUUUUCAGAGGUUCAACUUCUGCUGAAAACACUUCGUAAACCUUUCCAGAAACAAAAACUUGCAGAGGAAGCUGGAUAUUCGGAUCGUACCCCAGAAUGGGCCAAAGAUUUGAAAGUGAGCUGUUCAUCUUAAUGGGACAUCAAGCCAGGUCCGGGCAAAUCCCAGAAGUUUCAUCAUAUCAUUUUCUACAGAAUAAAAUUAAAUAAUUUUA